UUGUCUUUAAACCAUGAAGUAUUCUCUGUUCGCCCUGUUGGUACUUAUAAUUUCUUUCACUCAUGCAAAGUUAGUUGGUAGGUACAUAAUUGAAAUUUCUCGAGGGACACUUUCAUGUGAGAGGGGAGUAGGUGCCCCUGUAAAUGUGGGCGUGGACCAAGCUUUUCUUACCCAUCUAACAUACCAUUCUCAUACAGACAGUUAAACAGGAGCUAUAAUAAAUUUGAUAAGAUAAAAAUUGUCCACUUCUGCUUUAUUAUUUCUUCAAGCACAUUCUUACGCGAUACCUAUCUACGUAAUAUUUUGUCUUUCCAUCCUAAAUACUCAUUGCAAAGAGAUAUACAAACUUUACACACUGAAAUGAGAAGUAUUAAAACCGUGCCUGCCCGCUCCACCCCUCGGGGGGACUCCGUCCCGAGGUCCAAGCCCUUACCCUUUUAUAUACCAUUUUGACAGAAACAUCAACCCUUUCGUAUACCUUCCAUUGACAAUGGUACUCACUUUACUUGCAUAGUUUAUAACUUUGUAUCCCUAUAACUUCUAUAAAUGUACUGCCUUUUAAAUAUGAAAAAAUCACAAAACCAGAAAAUGUUCUCGACUUUUUCACAAUCAUUAAAUCCUUCUGUAGCAAUUUUAUGUCAUACUAAACCCCCGAAAUGAGAGAUUUCCUACACUUUUAUAUACUUUCACUAGUGAAAUCCCUACCCUUUCAUAUACCUGAAGCCUGAUUAAAGGUACCCAUUUCAGGCGGAGACUCCCCGUAUAGUCCAUUAUAGGGAGAACCCUUCCGGGCCACCUUCCCCCCCCCCUUAAGAAAUUAUAUAUUACAGCAUAAACUUUGAAUGAAUUACUAUGGGUAAGUGGUAAGGCUACGAACAAAGCAACUCAGUAACAGUUUAGAGAUUGCAUUAGUUACAUUGUAAUAUGAUACUGUAUUCUUCUAACUUCAGCGUACUAUGUUAAAACCGGUACGUCAGAUAAUGCUAUGGCUGGCACAAACGCCAAUGUUUGGAUCAAAAUACUUGGCCAGAAGGGCUUCACCAGGAAAUUGCUCUUGGAUAACCUUGGGAAAGAUGACUUUCAACAAGGAGCGUAAGUGUCGCACGUUAUUGUGGCUUUCAACUCACAGUAUAAUUCACCACUUUAGAAACGACUAUGAAACUCGAUUGAGUAGACUUCAAGGGUUGUUAUUGGGCACAGGAAUAGCUGACCGGCGCGUGCCGAACAAAUUAAUUUUCGACUUUUGCCCCCCUUCUCGUUUUAAAAGUGGUAUAAUUUAAUUCAAAAACAAGUUGCUGUAACGGAGCGAAGUUGCUGUGCGCGCCGAUCUCCUAAAGUGGAGAGUCACAUAUCGGACAGGUGUUCGCACAGCCAAUAGCUUUCCGUGUCGGCACGAACAUAACCUAACUCUUUCUAUAUUUUUGUAGAGGUUACGCACAGAGGGCAGUUUUUCCUCUAGGCUGAUCGAUCAUCAGCUAUACAUAACAGGGUUAGCUAAAAACAAAAAGACAAACGCUAUAUCCCUUAGAAUUUGCAAAAAUACUGCCCAUGCAGUAUAUAUUACAAUUUCUUUAAGUCUACGGAGCAUUGUUACACAAGGGGCCAGAAUCCGAUGCAAUUUAGUGGGACAGAAGACGCUUUUACGUAGCAAGAGUUCAACUUCCACAGAAUUUACACUGUAAACCAACAUGGCCGCUAUUUCAUUCCUAACCCGUGUGGGGGGGGGCGGGGGAGGGCGCAGGGAAGAGAGACGGGGUGGAGGGACUGUGAACGGCCCACAUUUCAGACAUGGAAUCUAAGUCAAUAAUAAUGAUAUCUUGGUUUAAAUGGAUAAAUUUGUAAAUUUCAAUGCUUUUCAAAUUUCCCUGUAGUGUAGACGACUUUAAAGUCUAUGCCGAAGAUGUUGGAAAAGUGAGGGGAUUUGAAGUUAUGCGUGAUGACACGGUAUCCAAUGGCGUGUCUGCUGUAUGGGGUAUUGAUGCCGUAAGUGAUCACAGUCAAACCACAGUCACCCUUGAGAAAUGGCCAACUGAUACAGAUUGAUAUGUUUAAUGCAGGUUCCGGGGGUGCGUGUUCUUGAAACGUGCCGUCCGUUACAAAUUAAGCCCAGUGGCUCUGGGGACGAGAAAUCGCGUAUCCUAGAUAACCAUAAAACAAGUGCGCAUGCCUACGAUCGUACAUGCGAAAAAUUAUUCUGGAUUUUUUUUCUCUUUAUAUAAAAUGAUACUGUGCUUUCUCGCUGACGCUCACCUGCAAUGAAGCUUAGUUUUAAAAUUUAGUUUCUAAAGUUGGAUAGUUACAUGUACUCACAGUAUAAUUUGCUUUGUUCCAGAUUGGUGUGAAGUCUGCCCGGGCGCCAAAGUAUUUGACUUUUUAUUAUAACUUCUUUUUACCGGCUUAUACGUGGAUUGCGUUCCCCAGUAAGUAAUUAAAUAUGAGGAACUAUAUGGGUCUGCCACAAGUUUGAAAAAAGCCACCAGUAUUCAACUCAAGCUUAUUAUUCAAUAAUUCAUUUCUUUGACUUGUUAAAAGUUCUCCUGUGAAUUAAGGAAUGGGGCACUGCAAAUUUGGAGGGGGGUGGUCUUUUUUAGUGGGGAUUUCAAGUGGGGAUUUCACCUUUCGCAUUAAUAUUUUAAAUUCAAUAUUUACUCCCAAUAAGCAUUCAUUUUUCAUUAUUACUAAUUUAUUACCUGUGUCACGUGACUUGUCACACCCAUUCUUGACUAUUUAUUUCAAUCCAAAUUACACCACUUUAUAAAUAACACUUGUAAUUUAAUUCACUUUUUGUCAAUGACUAUUGACACAAAGUUUAUAGAAUUAAUCGGGGUUUUCUAAAAUUAUCUACUUUUUGUAAACUAUAACGUUUCUUGUUAAGAGGGAGACUGGUACGCGACAAAAAUUUCUAAUAACUACGAAGGAAUGGAUCAUUUCACAAAACCCCGAUUAAUUUAGCUUAUUUGACUGUAAAUGAAAUAUUAUGGAAGGAAAAACGAUUGUGGUCACAGUCAAUAAACUGGUGUAAUCUGCAAAGUCCAAAUUUUGCAUAAUUAUGGGCGUGGCUGGUCACGUGAUCUAAAAAGGGAGUGUUAAAGGUCCAAAGUAGUUCCGGUCUUAAACACAGCGGUCUAUGAUUAAAAUAAAGGAAGAUACUGGGAAAAAAAAGAUCAAGUUAUAAGACCCCGCAUGUAACGAGGACCCAUUCCUUAAUUCACCGGAGUAAUUAAACUGAACUGCCCUCUUUGAGAGGCCAGAAGAAGGAAAACUUUAAGAUCCUUUUUUCCCAAAACGGUAUGGUCUCCUUCAAAGUCUUUUUGACGAGACGAAACGACUGCGAAGGAGGCUAAAAACGUUAUAACGAUAAAAUGUGUUUUCGCCAGCAGCAUAGUGCGCCUUAAAAGAUUGUUUUUCUAUAUGAAGUAUUUUAAUUGGCGGCCGGGAAAACCUUAAAUUCCUGUUAAAGUGGGCUGUUUGCAGUCUUUUAUUUCUUCGUGGGAUUGUUGAGAAAGAGGCUUGCUACACUGAACUGGCAGUAACCUAGGCUCCAAAUGAGAGUGUGACCUGGGGAUGAGGAUCAAAUUUACCUUAGGGUGCGGCAAAAGGGUGGACGUGGAUCUUGAGAGCUGACAAGAAAUAUAUUUUUUUGCACGCUCUUUUUUUUCAGUAAAUAAUUCAGUGAAGGAAAAAGAAGAGAGCGGAAGAAAAAUUCAAUGGCAACUCCUUUAUCGAAAUUAAAAUUAUUAUAGUUCUUUUAGCCUAUCUGUCUCAGAAGCUAUUUUUUAAUAAGUGGUCAAAUAACGCUUAAGCUUCGCCCAGUUUGGUCUUCUUUUCUUUUGAAUUUCUUAUUCUCACAUGUUUUAGCCGGGUGUUAGCCAAGCAAAUACUGUCGAGGUAAACUUAUCACAGAAUAAUUUCUUCUCAGGAUCUACAUGCUUGGGAACAAAUGAGGCUUGCUAUAAAGAAGCAGCUGCCUGCCCAGCGGGUACAAAGGAGAAUUCUGGCAAGGAGUGCUUCCUGAAAACUUUAAAGUGUUGUACCACCGGUAAGCUGUUAGUAGUGAGACCCUUACAGCUGGUUAGUCAUGAGGAACAGAAAAUGUUAAGGACUAAGAAACGAACUGGGCGACAAGACUCUCCGGAGCGAGGUCCCCAAUAGAGUUCUUCAAUCCUGUAAUCUUGAUUCAAAAUUUCGUGCAAUCCCGUAAUUACGAGGGGGGUUUUUAGCAUCCCACCUCCCGCGCAUAUUUUCAAACCCGAAGCUCGCCCUAAUUUUACUUUCAAAUCCCGAAUCCCGAGAUUCAGAUAAGAGAAAUCCCGAAAAAACUUAUUAGGGAUCCUCCAGAGCAGAGUGGUAUUUCACUUCUAACAAGUCAACAUGACUGAUCAGUAACAAAGGACCCAUUCUCAUAAGAGAGGAGAUACUAGUGGAGGAUCCAGGGGGCUCCGGGCCCCAAACCCCCCUCCCCCCCCCCCUGCACGUCAGACCUGACGUUAGUUUGAGACUGAAAUUCUUACAUCGACAGGAUCGCAUAUAACUUUCUGACUAGUUGAUUUUUUUAAUGAAACGCGCGUUGCAUUUUGCCACUAAACUAAAUUCCAGGGAUAUUAUUAUUAUCAUUAUUAUUAUUAUUAUUAUUAUUAUUAUAUUAUUAUUAUUAUUGUCAUUAUGGGAUAUAUUGCUUCUGCUUUCAAAGCAGGUAAUCUUAUACGCGCAAAAAAGUUUGAUAUCCUGUGCACGCAUGCGCAGGAACAGUUGGGGAAGGACCAAACUUUAAUCCAUAUUCGGUUUUUGUUUGUUUCUUUUUUUUUUUCUUUUCAGAAACAGCUGCCAGUGAAACGAAGGAGACUGAGUAA